UGAAAGAGAUGAGAGGAAAAAAAAGGGACUUCGAGUUAAGUUCAGAGUCGGCUCACCGAGUCAAAUGCUGUCCAAAGGGGGAAGGGAGCAGCAAAAUCCAAACCGGUCCGUAUAUAUAUAACCCGAUAAAAAAGGGAUCUUUUGAUUUUUUUUUCGUUUUUGGUUGGGAGUGUGUAAAAAGAAAAGAAAAAAGAGAGAUGGAGAAGGAGAAGGAGAUAAUAAGUCUCUCACCUCUUUACUACUACUACGACUACUCUUCUCCUCUCCUUGUUGUCUUAAACCUUUUUCCCGACUCUUUCCCUAACCCUAAUUCUUCUUCUCCUUCUACAAUUCAAUCCUCGAUUUUUUUCCCCCAAAAUUAUAUUUACGGGUUUCCGAUUCUCAUCAGCAUCUUCUUCUUCUUCUUCUACAUCCUCUCAGAUCGUCGUUGCUGAGCAAUCUAGAGUGUAUAUGCCGCCUCUCUACAAUGGAACCUAAUGGUGGUGGUAUGAAUAAUAAUACUGUGAGGAAGAAACGUAGCUUGACUUGUCGUCGUCCUCGCCUUGACGGAUCCACUCCUUCGGAUAACUUGAGCAAGAUCUCCAGUGAUGAUAUACCUGCAUUCGACACUAACCCUACCAGGAAAGAGUUUAGUCUUAGCCACUGUAUCUCAAGGGCUGAUUCUAUUGCUGAAUCCCAGAGAGGAAAUAAUGCACCUACUCUUCGCAGAGAGAUCAACAAACGCUCCACUGAAGCUGUGCUUUCACCUGCUAGCCGCCAAGAUGAAGGUAAUGGCAGGAUCAAUGGAAAGGCAACUGCUUUGGGUGGCGAAACGAAGAAAAUGAAGCUUAAGAUCAGCGGUGGUGGUGUGAGUCGGCUUGUUCAUGCUAAUGGUUCAUCUCGAAAGCCUUCAAAACCGGUGAAUCAUACUACUAACAACGAAUAUCGAGAGGAAAGUUCAGAUUCCCCUCUAGUUAACAAAACUGGUCUCGGAGGUGUCACUAGGAAUGCUGAGAAAGACGAAUGUAUGACAGGGAGGAGAAGACAAGGGGAGCCGCCAAGUGGCUCGGUUCGCAAAAGCAAAAGAGCCAACAAGAAGCGGGGGUUCAAUAGCGAUGAUGACAGUGAUGAUGAGAUCCGAUAUUUGGAGAAACUCAAGUAUAGGAAUGUCUCAGUGUGUAAUGAAGAGACUGAGUCAGGGAAGAGACAAUUGAAGCCAUCUAAUGGGGGAAAUUCUGGUAAGAAGAAAACUGCAUCUGAAAAGGCUUUCAAAGACAUGGAUUAUGAGGAGGAACUUGAUCCGGUGGCUGAUGAAAAGGAGAUUGGUAAUGAGGUUAAGAGGGAAUCGACUUUGACUAGUCGCCAACGAGCCCUUGCUUCUGCAUCUGGCAAAUCAAGCGCGAUUGAGUUUCCUGAUGGAUUACCUCCUACUGCAUCGAGAAGGAAAAAGGAGAAUCUUUCAGAGAUGGAGCAGCAACUAAAGAAGGCAGAAGCUGCUCAAAAGCGAAAAGUUCAGAUUGAGAAGGCUGCAAGGGAGUCUGAGGCAGAGGCCAUUAGAAAAAUUCUAGGCCAAGAUUCGAGCAGGAAGAAGCGUGAAGACAAAGUUAAAAAACGACUUGAUGAAUUGGCACAGGAGAAAGCUGCACACGAGGAAAGGGCUUCGACAAGCUACAUCAGAACAAUAAUGGGUCCUAAUGGAACUACUGUUUCAUUUCCCAUUGACAAAGUGCCUAGCCUGUUCGAUCCCAAACCUUCCGGUUAUCCUCCUCCGCGAGAAAAUUGUGCGGGACCAGCAUGCACCAACCCUUACAGGUAUCGUGAUUCAAAGACUAAGCUUCCUCUCUGCAGCCUCGAAUGUUACAAGGCGGUUCAGGAGCAGCAGCAGCAGCAGACCGUACCAGUUUAGAUAUUGAUUUGAUUUUUUUUUUUUUUUGAUAUAAAAGGUCAGGAACUCAGCUCACUGAUUUUAUAGAGAAUACAGGAAGACAUGUUUUAGUUUUUCUUUUGCUUUGCUUUGCUUCAGAUUUGUCUGAUUAGAUAGUUCAUUUUCUUUUGCCGUCCAUUGGCUUUUUACAAAACAAUCACUUCAUAGCAGUUAAUAUAAUACAAUUCUCCA